CUAGAAAUCGUCAUUCGAAAAAAAACAACAAAGCCGAGAAGUACCGUUUUAGCAAGCGCGAGUGUUUGGAUGUGUUUGUUUGACUAGAAAUAGAAAAUAGAAAUUCGUAAGGACCAAUUUCAAAAGACAAUGCUUUUCGAAUGUACAAAGCUUUGCUAAAGCGUGAUUAAAUAUAUAAAGGAAAACUAGCUACGAUGCACAGCUGAUGGAAAAAAGUCCCAAGCACUUUUAGCCUGGUGUGUGUGGGAAAAAUCGAUCCACAAACGAAAAAACAGGAGAAAAUGCCAGUCUAAUAAACAGAGUUCCAAUUGUGAUACAAACGCAGUACAAAUUAGUUAACAACUAGCUUAAAUGGCAAACGACAAGGUUUUAUAGCGAACUAUCUGACGCAAUAAUAAAUAAGCAAAAAGCUGCCAGCCAAUUUAUUCACUUAUUUUCGAGUGCAAUAGAAGCCAAAAUUCUCAACUGAACAAAAUUCAUCUCAACAUUCCUGCGCAACAUAAAAACAUCAAAAUGGCUGUAAUAACGUACUAGGCCAGCCCUCACAAUGUCUGUCCCUGUACACUACUCCUCUGCUGCCGCCGAAUACGUCGCCGAAGUUGAUUGUGAGUUGGAGAGCACUCUGCAACAGCAGCAACAGUUACACCUGCAACAGCAAUACGAGUACGAGCAAUACCAGCACUACCAGUACCAACGGGAGCAGGAUAUCGCCUACUAUUGCCAGUUGCAGGCGGCGCGGCAGCAGGAGCAGUUGAUGCAGCAGAGGACAUCGAUGUCGUCGUCGGUUAUGCCAGGCCUCGCCUUGCCCCAGGAUCACCAGGACCACCCAGCUACACUUUCGAACGGACCCCACAACAACAACAUCGGACUCGCCAUGGACGCCCAUAGCAUCAACGCCAUUCUGGUCGACGACGAGCAGCCCUCGACUUCGGCCCAGGCUGCUGCCGCUGCUGCUGCAUCCGCAGGUGGAUCUGCUGGAGCUGGAUUGGGAUCGGUAUCGGGUGGUACUAUUGGUGGGGGCAAGAUGGCCAACGGCAUUAACCGCAAUGCAGAGAUGCCAACUGAUUGGAUGAGGAUUGCGGACGAGGGCCGGUAUGGGACACCGGGUGCUGCUGGCUUGGAAUAUCAGAAGUACGAACAACAACAGCUUGAUGAUUUAGUGGAGGCCGAGGCUGGAGCCAUCGGUGGCGCCAACAACAACGGCGAGUCGUCUUCGUCCUCAAAGAAGCUGGAAGAUCAGCUGCACGCCCUCACCUCGGAUGAGUUGUACGAAACCCUCAAAGAGUACGACGCCCUGCAGGACAAGUUCCACACGGUGCUGCUUCUGCCCAAGGAGUCGAGGCGCGAGGUUACUGCCGGAGGACGAGAUGGAUCGGCUUACGUGCUGCGUUGCCUGAAGAUGUGGUACGAGUUGCCCUCCGACGUCCUGUUCUCGGCCAUGAGCCUGGUGGACCGCUUUCUGGAUCGUAUGGCCGUCAAACCUAAGCACAUGGCCUGUAUGAGCGUGGCCUCGUUCCACUUAGCCAUCAAGCAGCUGGACUUGAAGCCCAUACCCGCCGAGGAUCUGGUUACAAUAUCUCAGUGUGGUUGUACCGCUGGCGAUCUGGAACGCAUGGCCGGCGUGAUUGCCAACAAGCUGGGCGUCCAGAUGGGACAUGCCCCGAUCACUUCCGUGAGCUACCUGCGCAUCUACUACGCCCUCUUCCGCAAUUUGGCGAAGGAGAUCGGCGGCGACUUCUUCAAGUUCUACCAACAGCUGAUCAAGCUGGAGGAGCUGGAGAACCGCCUUGAGAUCCUGAUGUGCGACGUGAAGACAACGGUAAUCACGCCCUCGACUCUGGCGCUGGUGCUCAUCUGCCUGCACCUGGACUUCCACAUCAAGGAGUCGUACACUCGCGGUAGUCCGGAGCUGAAGCACGUCUUCGAGUACAUUCUCUUCCUGCAGCAGUACAUGAGGAUUCCCGAUCGUGUUUUCACCUGCGGUUUCAGCAUCGUUUCGGGCAUUCUGUCCCACUACAACGGGCAGAACAAGGCGCCCUACAAGCAGCGGCUUGUCUGGAAGUUGUCCAGUCGCACGCUGCGCGUCCUUCGCCCGAUCAACCGCUUCUCCUCCGACCUGCCCACCAUUGAGGAAGGCAUCUCCAAUGCCCUCGACGAUGGCCUGCGUUCGAGAACCGAGAGUAUUAGCUCCGAGGAGGAGGAGGACUGGCCCACUUCACCCAUAAUUCCAAUUUUCGAACAAUGUUAGUAUCCAGCGGCCAGCCAGCAGCAGCGAAGCAGCAGGGUCAGCAGCUGGACAACUAAAGCAGCGGACAAAGGAACCAUCAACCAGACGCCCUCGCGGCACACAACCCAUGCUUUCUUGGGGCCACCAUCCUCCUGAAAAUCAAGCACUAGACAUAUCCCCAUCGGAAGCAGAAUGAGGAGCAGCAGGAGAAGGAUGGAGGUCCUUGGGGACGAUUUGUGCACGUGAGAGGGUUCCGCGUGAAAGUUUAGAGUGCUGGUUGAGGUAGAGUGUGUAUAUUUUGCUAAAGUGCAUCAUAAUUCUUUUGGCAUCUACACAAACGUGUAUUUGGUAGCGCUGGUUCUAACAUUUAAGAAACUAUUGAGAUACAAAAUGUGGGCGUCAAGGGGACGCAACCAUGCCCUCCCCCUCUUAGAAAGUGGCCCGAGAGUAGCCCCUCCCCCAAUUUUUCAAUUUAUUUGCGGCAGACAAAAAAAUACGUGAAAAAAAAACAAAUAAGAAAAAAGUCAAAAAAAAAUCAAAAACAAUGCUGCGGACCAUCAUACAAAAGAUUGAUGCCGUUCCGGAUCAUUAUUCGAGAUCAGUGAUAGAAAGAAUACGAUUUGAGAAUUGCGAACCCACGCCGAAAUCCCGAACAUCUGGAAUGGGACAGCAGUUUUUUGUUGGAUGCGCUGGAAACCGUAAAAAAAAAUUUAAAAAGAAACAAAAACCCAACAAAAAGAAAAUAAUUUUCAAAAGUCCCCCUAGAUUAGUUGUAAAACCUAUGUUCUCUAUGUUUGUCCCGCUCUUAUCAGUUAAUGUAAAAGCCCCGAAUCAAUGGACCCAAAAACAACCACAAAAAAACAUAAAAUCUAAAAAAAAGUACAAAAGUUCUUUGUGUAUAGGCCGACCUAAAGAUAAGCUUAACAGAAAAUCAGUAAAAACAAGGUCAGAUCAGAUUAAUCAGUAAUUUUAGCCGCGCUCAAAACAAAAGCAAAAGCAAAAGAAAAAAACAAAACAAAAACAAAAACCAUAGAAAAACUAAAGUAUAUUUCGCCGCCUGUAUUGACUAAGAACUCUUAACAAUAAUAAUUACAUUAAACAAAGAUACGAUGAAUCCACAAUAUGUAGUGUGUGUCUAGUAGAUUUUCUCUGUAAAACAUAAAAAUGAAAACCAAACAGAAGCGAACUCAAUUUCCGCCCUUAAAAAUCAAAAGAAAUCACGACAAAUGCAAUCUUUAAUAAUCUUUCAUUAUCAUACGCAGCUAAGUGAACUUGUUAUUAACUUAGAAUUGUUUUUCACUUGAACAAUCAAUCAACUUCACGGCAUUGAGAUUUAGUUCGAGUACCACGGUGAUCCUCUUUUUAUAUUAUACCUUUACAUAUAAUACACGAGCUCUAAUUCUUCUUUUUUGUUACGUAAUAUUAUUUAACUUAUUAAAGAAAUUGUAAAACGAAAUCCAUUCUAUUGUGUACCAUACGAAACUAGAAUUAACCCUAGUUUAAAGCAAAACCAGCGUCGAGACAAGGCCAAAAUUCAAUUCAAUUCAGAUUGAAGCGCGGCAAACAUUCAGUAGAAAUUAUGAUGCAACAUUUAGCAAGAUGUACCGAGAGAGGGUCAAGCGAAGAGUUUUCGAGAGCAUAGGCAUAGGCAAUGACAAAACUAACGCAGAGCAUAAAACAAUUGAAAUUUCGAAAAUUCAAAACUUUUUCAUUUUUUAAACCACUUGGCAGCGGAAUGUGCAAACUCCUGUCUGUAAAUUUGAAUAAAAUGCGUUUGCCCCGCAACAAGGGCAUUCACUUUUCAUGAAUAUUUACAACAA